CGCAGGUGGCAGCGAUGGCCCAGUCCUGAGAGCCCCGCCAUGGCCGGCGCCCCCGGGCCGCUCCGCCUGGCGCUGCUGCUGCUCGGGGCGGUGGGCAGGGCCGGCCCCCGCCCCCAGGGUGCCACCGUGUCCCUCUCGGAGACAGUGGAGAAAUGGCGAGAAUACCGACGCCAGUGCCAGCGCUUCCUGACCGAGGCUCCGCCCCCAGCCACAGGCCUGUUCUGCAACCGGACCUUUGAUGACUACGCCUGCUGGCCAGAUGGGCCGCCGGGCUCCUUCGUGAACGUCAGCUGCCCCUGGUACCUGCCCUGGGCCAGCAGCGUGCUGCAGGGUCACGUGUACCGGUUCUGCACCACCGAUGGCCUGUGGCUGCACAAGGACAACUCGAGCCUGCCCUGGAGGGACCUGUCUGAGUGCGAGGAGUCCAAGCGAGGGGACCGAAACUCCCCGGAGCAGCAGCUCCUGUCCCUUUACAUCAUCUACACGGUGGGCUACGCACUCUCCUUCUCUGCAUUGGUCAUCGCCUCAGCCAUCCUCCUGGGCUUCAGACACCUGCACUGUACCCGGAACUACAUCCACCUGAACCUGUUUGCAUCCUUCAUCCUCCGAGCCCUGUCCGUCUUCGUCAAGGAUGCAGCCCUCAAGUGGAUGUACAGCACGGCCGCCCAGCAGCACCAGUGGGAUGGGCUCCUUUCCUACCAGGACUCUCUGGGCUGCCGCCUGGUGUUCCUGCUCAUGCAGUACUGCGUGGCGGCCAACUACUACUGGCUCCUGGUGGAGGGCGUGUACCUGUACACGCUGCUGGCCCUCUCCGUCUUCUCCGAGCAGCGCAUCUUCAGGCUCUACCUGAGCAUAGGCUGGGGUGUUCCCCUGCUGUUUGUUAUCCCCUGGGGCAUUGUCAAGUACCUCUAUGAGGACGAGGGCUGCUGGACCAGGAACUCCAACAUGAAUUACUGGCUCAUCAUCCGGCUGCCCAUUCUCUUUGCCAUCGGGGUGAACUUCCUCAUCUUUGUCCGGGUUAUCUGCAUUGUGGUGUCCAAACUGAAGGCCAAUCUCAUGUGCAAGACAGACACCAAAUGCAGGCUGGCCAAGUCCACGCUGACCCUCAUCCCCCUGCUGGGGACCCACGAGGUCAUCUUCGCCUUCGUGAUGGACGAGCACGCCCGGGGGAUGCUGCGUUUCAUCAAGCUGUUCACAGAGCUCUCCUUCACCUCCUUCCAGGGGCUGAUGGUGGCCAUCUUGUACUGCUUUGUCAACAAUGAGGUCCAGAUGGAGUUUCGGAAGAGCUGGGAGCGCUGGCGGCUCGAGCACCUGCACAUCCAGAGGGACAGCAGCAUGAAGCCCUUCAAGUGUCCCACCAGCAGCCUGAGCUGUGAGGGCACAGUGGGCAGCAGUGUGUACGCAGCCUCCUGCCAGGCCUCCUGCAGCUAAGACUCCAGCACCUGCCCUCCCUGUGGUCCCGCCGCCGGCUGGGCGGCCAUCCCAGCCCAUCAGACAGGGAAAUGGGCAUUGCCUCCUGGGACCUGUGGACACAUUUUCUCCGAGGAGAAGCGGCCUGUUAAUUUGAUCACUGUGGCAGGCGGAGAAGAAAAAGUGAUUGCUGCUGAAACGAGGAGGAUUUCUUCCUGUUAAGUCACAAGGCCCCUGGGGUUCCCCCGGACUCAAACUCAAGGUCAAUGGCUUAUUAGCGGGACUGGGGCUUGUAAGAGGACGCGGCUCUGAAGGAGGCGGAUGCAACCUCAGCCAAGCACGGAACUUGGGUAACGCCAGCCACCCCCGACCUGCCUCCUCGUUAAGGGAGCCUGGGCACAUGUCCAGGUUGCUCGUUUCCCUCAUCUGGGCCCUCAUCUCACCAUCCACUGCCCCACCGGGUGGUGUUGAGAAUGAACAUUGAGAAGGUGCCUGAAAGUUUUCCUUUCUGGUCCUUCCUUCUUCCCUGGAUAUUUGAGUUGCCUUGAUGCCUGCGCCCACCACGCCCAGGGAACCAAGGCGGGCCCGCCACCCAGGAGUCCAGCCCUGGGUAUGAGCUCUGAAUUCUAUUCUAGAGACGCUCAGGAAUCCUGUGGGGCUCAUCUAGGGAACUUCGGGAAUGUCCAUGCUGGGGGUGUAGACUACUUGCUACUGUUGGGAACCCGGAAGGCAGAGAGAGAUUGCCUCCACCUCUCCAUGGACGUGCUUUUUACUUGUGAACAGAUUAUGUAUCUUGCAUGGGUGUUUGGGUGCGCCCUCUUAACUUUAGGGGAUGUGACCAAGAAGAGACUCUUCUGGGGACUUUACCAGUCCCCACUGUGACUGUGGAGGCGGGCUUCCCCUGCCCUUUGAAAUUCCCCCACUUGGGAGCUUGUAUGUACUUUGCUCAUUUUUCUCUAUUGCUGUGAAUAGUCUGUAUGUGCAAAUGUGCAACUCUGAUUUCUCCCACUACAUACUAAAUCACUAAGUACUAAGUCACUGUGGUGGCUUUGAUGUUGCUUGGGGUUGUGGGGUAGAUAUUGAUUUGACUCAUCCAUGCUUUGAGCUACUGAAUGUUUGCCCUGCCUCCAGCCUCAUCCCAUAAAUAAUGAGCAUCAGAGAGGCUAGAGGGGGAGAACCUAGCAAUCCUGCCCCAACCACAGGGGAAAAGCAGACAUGUAGCACCACUGCAGAGACCGAGACAAAAGGGGAACAGCCAUACCGCAGAGGCUGGCAAUUGAGUUCAUGGAUGUGGAACUCAGAGCAGAAGAGAACUCUUGGGAGUCCAGACCUUCUGGGAGGGCAGAGGGAGACUCUCUGGAUGAAUUCCUUUAUGAAUUGAUCUUUCCCUCCUCCUUUUUGAGUGGCGGGGACCCUCCCCCAAAGCCUUGUGCCAGACGCAUUCUCCUCUGCCCCUCAGAGAGGCCUGUGAUGUGCAGGGAAAAUAAUAAUGGGACGUAAAACACAUCAAGCAGAAAAUUUCUUAUACUCCAGCUUCAGUGAAGUGUUGUGUCUAUGUUAAUAGGGAAGUGGAACCUCAGGCUAAAGAAAGAAAGGAUUUGUGCAGACUGCCUCCUUGACUGAGAAAAUGUAGACAGGUGGGGGCAGGGAGAGUCCUGCUUCCCCAGAAUAAGGGCAAACUCCCUGAUAGGCAUCUCGCAUUUGCUUUUCUCUUCGGAGUGGCGAGUGGCGGGGGGUGGGGAGAAAAGUGCUGGUGGGUUGAUUGGGGGGACUACAGCUCUGGAGCAAGUGUUCCCAUUUUGGAUAAACUGAAGACAUUUGAGAAUCAUUAAUACGCUACACAGCAACAAAGAAAGAGACCGAUUGAUAUUAUCUUCAAGAAAUAAAUUUUUGAGGGCAAGAAUUGUGGGGAGAAAGUACUUAGUUAGGCGCUUGGGACGCUCAGACCAUUUGGUUUACACUGUAAGUUCUUUUUCCAAUUGGUACUGAUUCCUGGUUUCAGAAUGCUCAUCACACCCCCCUGCCCCAAGCCUUUUAACACCGAGGAACGGUUUCCUUAUCAGAUACAUACCAGAUGCUGAAUUGAAGAAAUAUUUUCUUUGCUCCAAGACCUGCACUAUUAAUAUUCAUUUGAGUGGCAGUGCACUCCCUCCAAGGCUAUUCCCAAACUCUCCUAAGCUAAAUACAGCACUCUAACAGAUCUGGGAACUAUCGAAUGCAAUGUACUCAGAAAUUCCACUAGCUGUUUCCAUGCCUGGUGCCAUAAGUCUGGAGCUUGCUGAGAACACUCCUGCUUGCCUCUGUCCUGGGGGUACUAUCACUGACCAGCAGGAUGAGGUGUUUUGUGAGUUGUGCAGUCAGGUCGCAUUACUGUCAUGAAGAGAGGCUGAGUUCAGCACUCUGGCCAGCUCCCCCUGAACUUGCAAGGGGCUUAAAUCAUGUCAACUCAUCUUUUCAUAUGAAUCGUUGGAGCCACUAAAUCACAGAACUGAGAAAAACCACUUACAAUGCAAAGUUGCCUUCCCUUUAAAACAACUUUCCUGAUUUGCAGGCCUGGUUUGCAAUUGCCUCAAUGCAAUUUAUGCUGAAGACUACAGCAGUGGAAUUCUCAAGAGACUCAGAGCGGGGAAAGAUCUUGGAGAUCUCUCUGCUCUGGUCUAGAGAAUUGAGGAGGGUAGCUUGCAGAGGGGAUCUGCCCAAGGUCACAGUGCUAGAUGGUGGCUGAGCUGGGCUAGGACCCAGGCCAACUUCCACCUCCCAGUCCAGUGAAGCCUCUGGAAAGGACAGGUGAAAAAUAUAAAUGGCCAUUCAAGACACUCUAAAUGAAAGUUGGCAGUGUUAUCUGGAGUUUCAGUUAAAGAGAAAACACAGCAGCAGAAAUAGACAAAUCAGAUGGCACAGGUGCCAUCUCCUCAAUGAUUUAUACUGCUGAGAAGAGGGGGAGGGUGUGCUUUACUACCUACUCUAGUACCUCAUUCAUCCUUGUCUUAAAGUUAAGAAAUGAAAUGCAUCAGAGCACAUGUAUACAUAGAAACAGCAAGUGAGCUUUUUUUUAAACAUCUUUAUUGAGGUAUAAUUGCUUUACAAUGUUGUGUUAGUUGCUGCUGUAUAACGAAGUGAAUCAGCUACAUAUAUAUAUAUAUAUAUAUAUAUAUAUAUCCCCAUAUCCCUCCCUCUUGCAUCUCCCUCCCACCCUCCCUAUCCCACCCCUCUAGGUGGUCACAAAGCACCGAGCUGAUCUCCCUGUGCUACGCAAUAUAAAUGAACAUUGUGGUACAUGAGUUUUUUUUUUUUUUUUACAUGACUAUUUUUGAAUUAUGGUUUUCUCAGGGUAUGUGCCCAGCAGUGGGAUUGCUGGGUCAUGUGGUAGUUCUGUUUUUAGUUUUAAGGAACCUCCAUACUGUUCUCCAUAGUGGCUGUAUCAAUUUACAUUCCCACCAACAGUGCAAGAGGGUUCCCUUUUCUCCACACCCUCUCCAGCAUUUAUUGUUUGUAGAUUUUUUGAUGAUGGCCAUUCUGACCAGUGUGAGGUGAUACCUCAUUGUAGUUUUGAUUUGCAUUUCUCUAAUGAUUAGUGAUGUUGAGCAUCCUUUCCUAUGUUUGUUGGCAAUCUGUAUAUCUUCUUGGCAGAAAUGUCUAUUUAGGUCUUCUGCCCAUUUUUGGAUUGGGUUGUUUGUUUUUUUGAUAUUGAGCUGCCUGAGCUGCUUGUAUAUUUUGGAGAUUAAUCCAGGUGAGCCAUUUUUGAUAGCAAAUCCAGCACUCUUUUAAUGGGUUGGCUUAAUGUUUUUCUGAUGCAUCUGUGCUUGUUUGAGAAGUUGUACUGAUAGCCACACAUAGUGGACAAAAAGAACCUAAAAACCUGACCCUCUUCUUUGCCUCUCUAGUACUCCCUGAAGUUGAAGAAGACUAGCAAACUGGGCAACUUUAGCCUAGCAAAGAUGGCACAGCCACCACGGAGGGCAAACACAGUCAGUUCACACCCACGUCCCAAAAGGCUUGGUCCCCUCAUCGGUGUGGGCCAUGUUUCAGCAGCUGCUGUCCCCAUUCCCUCCUGUUUCUUCCAGAAGCAAAGAACAGUGUGUGUGUGUGUGUGUGUGUGUGUGUUGUCCUGUGCAUAGCAGCAUAAAGUUAGGAGAUGAUGAAUCCAGAAUCAUCCCACCCACUGUGAAGGUCAGGGGGCCGCACAGCCUGGGGCAAGGAUGGGUGGGAGCCUGAACGAUAGAUGCUUCCUCUCCAUGCGCAGACAGGGCUCCCAUUAUUGCUAAUGCCUGCGACGUGCUCAGGGAAGGCAAGAUAUACUCCAAAGGGUUAUUUUCCCUCCACUGAAUUGAUUAUAAUCUACAGUGCUGACCCUGCUUUUGGCUCCAAAGAGCCAAACUCUGUAAAAAAUAUGUCAGCUUACUCUGCUAAGACAGCUAUGUGAAUGACAUGCUAAAACUCAACAGAAACCAAAUUAGUAUCAACUCUUUUUUUUCCUUUUCACGGCUGCAGCGAAUUUUCUUGGGGGGGAAAAAAAUGACCCAGUGUGAGAAACUCCUGCAAACAACGUCACCUUGUCCCUACAGUGUUACCUGCUGGCUCAAACCAGCUCUCCUGCCCCAUGCCGAGGGCCAUAUCAAGGAAGCGUUGUUAAGCAGUAUAAUUGCAAACACUUAAAGCCACAGUGUGUCCACAGUAUCUAUAAUUAUUUCUGCUCUGUGGAUACAGAUUGGCAGGAAGCAGAUAAGCAUAAUCAUUUUCCAAUUAACUCCCCAAAGUCUUUUGGACUUGGCCUAUAUCUGAAUCUGUCAGAGGAGAGAGUUUUCUCUCUCCCCCUUCUCCCAUUCCAACCAGUUUUUCCCCUGAGGCAUCCGACCUCCUCCCCAGCCCCACAUUUACCCCCUCUCACCUCCCAUCCCUGAGGUGAGCUUCCCACACUUCUCCCCCGGCUGCCUCAGUAAGAGGUGACCCUGCCAGCUGUGCUGGGAAUGCCGUGCUCUCGGCUGUGACCAAUUUCGGGGUGCAGCUGAGAGUGAGGCGUUGCCAGGGCUGAAGUGAUGCCCCACAUCCCACACUCCUGCAGUGAGGAGCAUUGCAGCCAGCAGCGUGGAUCCUAACUUACAUUGGGGUUAUGCAACCUUUCGGAUGGGGCCUGUCAAAACUAUCAGUCGUCAGUCAGCCCCAACAAUCUAGCGUGACUAAUUAUCUCUGUGUCAGAGCAAUCCAGGAGAAGAAAAACAUAUAUAAAUGAGAGUGUUUGGAUUUGGUGGGAAAAAAAGAGCUCCCAGCAAAGUUUGGAACAUAUAACAAGUUAGGGUCUAGGCUUUUCUGCAAGGGGAACCAGUGGGGGUGGUCAGGAAGGGGCAAGAUUCGCAGCAGACAGACAGACAGACAGCGCUGGAUCUUGCCAAAUGGUUCACGCUUUACUUCCAAAUCUGCAGUUCCUCUAAGCUCCUCCCACUAAAAAUAAUCACACCCUCAGAGCAGAUAAACUGGAACAUUAGUUUUGGAGGGGGGUUGAUGCAGAGCUUAGAUGCACCAAGAGAGAUGUGAGCCAAGCUCUCAGGAGGGACAAAGCUGAAUUUUAUCUUCAGUGCUCUCGGGGGAUGUCUGCGCUUCAUGAAUGUUUAAACAAGAUAAUCUUCAUGUGAUUUCUUAAUGUAUAAAUUCAUGUAAAAUAUGACCUGCGUCUAUAGGUAGCAAAUGUGUAUGGUGUAUAAUUCCUUGUACAGAUGUGAAUGGAUUCAGGCUUUCUCCUAAUUUGCCUUGUAAGUCAAAUAAAAGCCUGUCGUUACUGUGUC